CCAAAGCAACAAGGUUUCUCUUUGAAAUGUUUCAAAAAUGUCUCCGCUCUCUCCAGCCAUGCUGGGUUCGCCCGGCGCCAGCCUGCAGAGUGCCAUCAAUGCCACGGUGGGCACGGGCCCUACCGGCAGCUCCCCGGGUUCCUCCAUGAACAGUGGCGGUGCCAGCAGCGGGCACAUCGACCCCAGUUCCAUGCAGCGGGCCUACGCUGCCCUGGGCCUGCCCUACGGUAACCAGUCCCCUGCUCAGGGACAGGGAGGACCUGGAGGACAGAACACAGCCCAGGGGGGGCAGCAGCUACGCUCCAUCAAUGCACUAGGCACUAACAUGAACAUGGCCGGAGGAGGGGUGGGCGUGCCCUCAGAGACCGGCAUGCUCUCGGACUCAUCGCUCCCCUCGUCGCUCAACAAACGGGUUGGGCAUGGGGGGCAUGGGCAACCUGCCGGGGCCAACCCUCUCUCUGCCUCGGGGGUGAGGAAGACGUGGCACGAGCACGUCACUCAGGUACGCACCCACCUGGUGCACAAACUAGUACAAGCCAUAUUCCCCACCCCAGACCCCGCAGCACUGAAGGAUCCGGGGAUGGAGAACCUGGUGGCGUACGCUAGGAAGGUGGAAGGGGACAUGUACCAGUCUGCCAACAGCAGGGACGAGUAUUACCACUUCCUGGCGGAGAAGAUCUAUAAGAUCCAGAAGGAGUUGGAGGAGAAGAGGCGCUCGCGGCUCCAGAAGCAGCCUGGCCCCAUGGCAGUGGGGGCCCCAGGGGCCAGCAGCAGCCUGGCAUGCCCCCUCAGCGAACUCAUGGGUCCUGGCCAGUCCCCACGGCCAGCCAAUGGAUCUGUGCCUAUGCCCAACGUGCCAAAUCAGAUCAUGCCCCGCAUGCAGGUGUCUCAAGGAAUCAAUCAGUUCAACCCCAUGGCGAUGCAGAACGUGCAGAUGUCCCAGGCGCCCAUGCAGAUGUCCCAGGCGCCCAUGCAGAUGUCCCAGGCGCCCAUGCAGAUGUCCCAGGCGCCCAUGGGGGCCCGCGCCGCCUCGCCCAUGAACCACUCGCAGCAGAUGAACAUGAGCUCUGUCCCAGCGAUGGGCAUGUCCCCAUCCAGGAUGCCCCAGGUGCAAGGCAUGAUGGGACAGCACGCCAACAGCAUGGUGGGACAGACAGCCAAUCAGAGCCAGUUCAUGCCCCAGAGCCAGUUCUCUCCCAACACCGCCUGGCGGGGAAUGAUUAUGAACAACCUGGGCUCCCUCGGCCAGCCGCAAGCACAGGCAGCUGUCACUCAGCCCCCCUGCCCCGCGCCACCCCUCCACCCAACGCCUCGGCUAACCUGCUCCAGCACCCCCACUCCCACCCACCCCCCAGGCUCAGCCUUCACCGUCCUCCACCCCCACUCACGUCCCCAGCGGCGGCCUCCCCGCCCGGCCCCCCUCGACCCUGGGCAUGCAGUCCCCUGCUGCCCCUCCCAGCCGCUCACGCCCCUGCAGCAUCAGCAGCCGGGGACCCCCAGCCAGACGCAGCCCAGCUCAGUGCAGCCCCCCAGCACGCCGCUGUCCCAGGCGCCAGCCAGUAUAGAUAAUCGCAUGCCCACCCCAGGCUCGGUGGCAGAGGUCCACUCCCAACAGGCCCCACCAGACAUGGCCCAAACGGAGCACAAAGCCGAGCACAAAGCCGAGCACAAAGACGAGGACGACGACGACGACGAGGAGGACGACGACGACGAGGACGACUGUGGCUCGGGGAAAAAGCAGCCCAGCGACUUCAAAAUGGAGCAGGACGAAGACACAAAAGACACCAAACCCCUCACGGUCAAGGAGGAGGAGCCAGAUGGGGCGGAGCCUAAGCAGGAGCCAAUGGAGACAAAGGAGGGGAAGAAGCCGGAGAUUAAGAAGGAACCCAAAGAGGAGGAGGAGGGCGGGGUCAACGGCACGGCAGCGUCCUCCUCCCCCACCCAGAACCGCAAAAAAAUCUUUAAGCCAGAGGAGCUGCGCCAGGCCCUGAUGCCCACACUAGAGGCCCUCUACAGACAGGACCCAGAGUCUCUGCCCUUCAGACAGCCUGUCGACCCCAUGCUGCUGGGCAUCCCUGACUACUUUGACAUAGUGAAGAAACCUAUGGACCUGUCCACUAUAAAGCGUAAGCUGGACACGGGUCAGUCGGAACCCUGGCAGUACGUGGAAGACAUCUGGGUCAUGUUCAACAAUGCCUGGAUCUACAAUCGCAAGACGUCCCGCGUCUAGUACUGCUCCAAGCUGGCCGAGGUGUUUGAGCUGGAGAUAGACCCCGUCAUGGUCAGCCUGGGCUACUGCUGCGGCAGGAAGUUUGAGUUCUCACCCCAGACCCUCUGCUGCUAUGGCAAGCAGCUGUGCACCAUCUCCAGAGACGGAACCUACUUCAGCUACCAGAACAGGUAUCACUUCUGUGAGAAGUGCUUCAACGAGAUCCAGGGCAAUAACUCACCCGGGAGACGACCGGCACAGCCACAGACGUAAUAUGAUACUAAAGAGCAGUUUGAAAAGAAGAAAAACGACAUGUUGGAUCCAGAACCGUUUGUUGAAUGUAAAGACUGUGGACGGAAGAUGCACCAGAUCUGUGUGCUGCAUUAUGAUGUCAUCUGGCCAUCGGGCUUCAUUUGRGACAUCUGUCUGAAGAAGUCCGGCAAGACGAGGAAAGAGAACAAGUUCGCGGCCAAAAGGCUACAGACGACGAGGUUGGGCAUGUACAUCGAGGACCGGGUGAAUAAGUACUUGAAGAGGCAGAACCACCCUGAGGCCGGGGAGGUGUUUGUACGGGUGGUGGCUAGCUCCGACAAAAAUGUUGAGAUCAAACCUGGCAUGAAAUCUAGGUUUGUGGACUCGGGUGAAAUGCAGGAGACCUUCCCUUACAGAACCAAAGCACUUUUUGCGUUUGAGGAGAUUGACGGUGUGGACGUGUGUUUCUUCGGUAUGCACGUCCAGGAGUACGGUUCCGAGUGUGCCUUCCCCAACACCAGACGGGUUUACAUAUCGUAUCUGGACAGUAUUCACUUCUUCAAGCCCCGGGCGUUGAGGACGGCAGUCUACCAUGAGAUCUUGAUAGGGUACCUGGAGUACGUUAAGAAACUGGGCUAUGUGUAUGGUCAUAUCUGGGCGUGCCCCCGUGAAGGGGACGACUACAUCUUCCACUGCCACCCGCAGGACCAGAAUCCCAAGCCCAAGAGGCUGCAGGAGUGGUACAGGAAGAUGCUGGAGAAGGCCUUCGCAGAGAGGAUCCUCCAUGAUUUCAAGGACAUCUUCAAGCAGGCCACGGAGGACCUUUCCAGUGCCAACGAGAUGCCCUACUUCGAAGGCGACUUCUGGCCCAACGUGCUGGAGGAGAGCAUCAAGGAGCUGGAGCAGGAGGAGGAGAGGAAGAAGGAAGAGAACGUGGUCUCCUGUGAGACCCCCGAGCACACUGCUGACAGCAAAAACGCCAAGAAGAAGAACAACAAGAAGACCAAUAAAAACAAGAGCAGCGUGAGCCGAGCCAAUAAGAAGAAGCCUGGCAUGCUCAAUGUAGCCAACGACCUGUCCCAGAAGCUCUACUCCACCCUGGAGAAACACAAGGAGGUGUUCUUUGUGAUCCACCUGCACGCGGGACCCUCGGUCAACACCCUCCCCCCCAUCAUGGAUCCAGACCCCCUGCUGACCUGCGACCUGAUGGACGGCCGCGACGCCUUCCUCACCCUGGCCCGGGACAAGCACUGGGAGUUCAGCUCUCUGCGGAGGUGCAAGUGGAGCACCAUGUGUAUGUUGGUGGAGCUGCACAACCAGGGCCAGGACCGCUUCGUCUACACCUGCAACGAGUGUAAACACCACGUGGAGACGCGCUGGCACUGCACCGUCUGUGAGGACUUUGACCUAUGCAUCAACUGCUACGCUGCCAAGGGCCACGAGCACAAGAUGGUUAAGUGGGGCCUCGGGCUGGACGACGACAGCAACGGCGCGGGUGGUGCCGGGGGCGAGGCCUCCCAGAGUCCCCAAGAAUCRCGUCGCCUCUCCAUCCAACGCUGCAUCCAGUCCCUGGUCCACGCCUGUCAGUGCCGCAARGCCAACUGCUCGCUGCCCUCCUGCCAGAAGAUGAAGCGCGUGGUGCAGCACACCAAAGGUUGCAAGCGCAAGACCAACGGUGGCUGCCCCGUGUGCAAACAGCUCAUCGCCCUGUGCUGCUACCACGCCAAACACUGCCAGGAGAACAAGUGUCCUGUGCCCUUCUGUCUGAACAUCAAGCACAAGCUGAGGCAGCAGCAGCUCCAGCACCGCUUACAACAGGCUCAGAUGAUGAGGAGAAGAAUGGCCACUAUGGCCGGGCGGGGAAUGGCACCUCAGAGCCUGCCGUCGCCACCUACCUCAGCAACCCCCGGCACCCCCACCUCGGGCGGACAGACCCCCAGCACGCCCACCCACACCCCCCAGGCCUCCUUACCCAUCACCCAGCCCCAGCAGCAGCCGCCCCCCAACGUAACAGCCGGCAUGGCCCAACAACAACCCGGCUUUCCCAACAACGGGCGCACCAGCCAGCCGCCAACGCCGGUUCCACAAGGGGGAAAGCCGGGGCCCCAGUCUUCCCCUCUACAUCAGGUGCAGUCGCCCCUGCCCAACAUACCCAACAUGCCCCCCCAACAACAACAACAGAUUCCACAACAACAACAACCGCCCCCGCUGGCCGCUCUGAAGAUGGCCCGGCACAUAGAGAUGGUGGCCAAGGCCAAGCAGCAGCAGCAGCAGCAGCAACAGAACUACAACAUGAACAUGCCCAAUGGUGUGCCCAUGAACCACCCCCGCAUGGUGGGGCCUAUGCAAGGCCAGAUGGGGCCAGGGCAGAUGCAGCAGAUGAUGGGGCCCCGGGGCCCCCAAGUGAUGCAGCAGGGCCAGUGGGGCCCCCAGGGGGGGAUGCAGCAGAACCCCCUCCAGAACCCCCAAGCGGUCCAACAACAGCAGCAAGGCCUACCCCAGCAAGGUGGCCCCAUGGCCCCCCAACAGGCUCAGGGAAACUCCACUCAGUUGAUGCAGCAGCGGCCCAUGAUGCAGCAGCAGCCCGGUCUUCAGAUGCCUGGUGGGGUCCACAUGCCCCCCCAGGGUCCCCCUCAGCAGCAGGGCAUGACGUCCCAGCAACAAGGGGGCAUGCCCCGGGGCAUCCCGGGAAAUAUCGCCCCCAAUGCCCUGCAGGACCUCCUGAGGACCCUCAAGUCGCCCAGCUCUCCCCAGCAGCAGCAGCAGGUGCUCAACAUCCUCAAGUCCAACCCCCACCUCAUGGCCGCCUUCAUCAAGCAGCGCACGGCCAAGUACCAGGCAAGCCAACUACCGGGCCAGCAGCAGCAGCAGAACCCACAACAACAACAGCAGAACCCCCAGGCGAUCCUGGGAGGCCAGGCUGGGAUGCAGGCAAUGGCUGCUGCCAUGCAGGCUGGGGCGGUGCAGCAGAGGCCGGGGGUGGGCAUGCCCCCCCAGCAGCAGCAGCAGCCUGGCCCUCAGCAGCAGCAGCAGCCUGGCCCUCAGCAGGUUGGUGGCCCCCAGGGUAUGGCCGCCAUGGGCCCACAGGGACAACAGCUGAUGAACGCCGCCGCACACAACGGCAACCCCCAGCUCUACCGCAGGCAGCUGCUCCGGAUGCAACAGAUGCAGCAGCAGCAGCAGCAACAGCAACAACAACAACAGCAGCAACAGCAGCAAGGAGCCAUGCCCCAGGGCCUUCCAGGCCAGUUCCCCCAGCAGCAGGGAGGAGCAGCCAGCUACUCCCAGCUCCGCAUGCAGCAGCAGAGGGCCAUGCAGCUCCCCCCCAUGGCCCAGAUGGGGCAGCCCGGCAUGGGCAUGGACGGGCCCCAGACCCAAAACCUCCUCCAGCAGAGGAUGCUCCAGCAGCAACAGCAGAUGCUGAAGCAGCAGAUGGGCUCUCCAGCCCAGGCCAACUCCAUGAGCCCCCAGCCCCACAUGCUCCAAGGACAGCCCCAGGGAGGAGCUCACCUGCAUGGCCAGGCAAUGGGCAACGCCCUGGGCAACCAGGUUAGGUCUCCAGCCCCGGUGCAGUCGCCCCACCCUCCCUCACAGCAGACCCCACAUUCCAGCCCCUCCCCCCGGAUACAGCCCCAUCCCUCACCCCAGCACGCCAACCUCCACUCCGGCUCACCCCACCCCAGUCUGGGCGGCCUCAUGCCAGGCUCCAUGGACCAGGGACACAUGGGCACGCCCGAGCAGAGCGCCAUGCUCCCGCAGCUUAACACGCCCAGCCGUGGCAGGCUUAGCAAUGACUUGAAUAUGGUGGGCGACACCACAGGAGACACACUCGAGAAGUUUGUUGAAGGAUUGUAGCAUUUUGUGACGAGACUUGUUUGGUUUCUCGGUUUUCCACAAAUAACUUUUUGUACUGACUGCUAUGUAAAGAGAUGAGGCCUAAGGACUGUGAACCUUUACUUAAACCAAGGGACUGCUAUUUCUUCCAACAAAACGGAGGGAUUUGAAUAAUUAUUGCUGUUAAAGAGGAGAAUGGGAGGGGGACACAUAUUUUGGGGUUCAGACCAGCCAUGAAAAUAAUUUUCUUUAAUUUGUGUUUUUUUUUWAUGUCUCUGGUAUGGACUUUUUUAAAUGACACCUCUUCAAAACAAGUCUUUCAUUUAAUUUUUCAAUGUUUUUAUUUUGUACCUUUGCAAAAAAAAUCAUAGCGUUUUUGUGUUGAAGAUUGUAAAAUAAUUUUGUCUGAAUUUUUUGUGCCAGGUUUUYCAUCUUUGCUCCCUCUUCAUUCCUGGCUAAUUUAUUAUUCUAAUGUACCAUUUUUUCAAAAAGGGCACAUGCCUUUAGGUGAGACUUAUUUUCUUUCCGUACUGCAGAAGAGUCCUUGUGGGGUAUUAACGUAUUUGUAUAGAGCUAGGAACUAUCGCACACCCAAACACCAUGUUGAGGUGAACAACUGACUCUCACAAAUGCUCCUUCAUCCACAGCUGCCAGAAUGUUCGUUUUCUACUGGCUUGGAACCAGUAUUUCUGUCCUCCAGAUGUUGGACAUCUUUGUUGCUUUGUUUAUCCUUCAAUCUGAAGUCUUGAUUCCCCCCCCCCCCCCCCCCGAGCUUAACUGUGGCGAGGGUAUACCUUUUGGCCUGCUUGCUGAUUUUGGAUUGGAGAGCGUUCUGUGCAUCUUUUUUCCUCUUGCAUUAAACUUGAAUUGAGGUGAAACUGUUCAUGUUGUAAAUCAUGCAGGUUGACAAUGUAAAUAUGCAGAAAAAGAAGAAUGAAUCACUGUACAAACUGGUUAAAAAUGACUCAUUUCGUACUUAUAUACCAUAUUGUUAAAUAAACUGUGUGCAAAC